AUGACUCGAGUUACGGAACAGCAAAUAUCCACAGAAAAUAUUCCUUUUAUUUCCGUUCGAACACAACCAAAAAAGAAGGUGUCUCAACAGGCUGCGAGGUUGCGGCGCCUGGAAAUGCCUGCAAAUCCAACGCGAGGUUAUGUAGACCCCGCUACAUUAGAGCAGCAUAAAAUGAUUAGCCAGACCGCCGAAAUGAAUGCGCAGCGUAGAAAUAAUAUACCAAGAACUGUACGUAGUGGCCGAGCUGAUGGUGAUGUUAUAAAUCAAAAAGAAGAAAGACCAGUGGUCGAGCUGUUUAGUAAAAGUCGUAAUAGUCCUUCGCCGGAAUUUAAUCAACAAAACAUACCAACAUAUCAAACUGGUUUUUUUGUCAGAAGUAAUAAAAAAGGUAAUGAUGUAUUGCAGACGUAUGAUGAAAAUACUGGACCUUUAGAAGAGCCUACAGCGACGGUACCACAUCGAGAGGUUGAUACUAUUGGAGCAGUACAUCGUGUACCACAUCGCAUUAAGAACCGCACACGUCGCUACGAGAUGCCAACAGUCGCGUCCCGCAUGAAACAAACCGGCGCUCGCUACUACGCCGCUACGACCAACACUACUAAUAUCCCUUUUGUGGUCAGCAAAAGCACUGCUCCCUCGCAUAAUAUCGGUGUGAAUAUACAACAGACGCCAAUGUUGGAGAAUCACGAGAUCAACGCAAUCAGGCUCGGUCGACGACUGCUACGCCUACCGACGUAUAAGUAUAUGUCUUAUAGACGUCUUCUGAACUUGUACCGCGAAGGUGAUGGUAUGGUUUCACGCUUCCUACGUGCAAUCAACCGUCCUCAUUACUUCUAUACCUCUAUGUAUAACAGCCUAGUGACAAAUCGCGAGGACAUUGACGGGGCGAGAUCAAAGGGUCGCGGUGGCGACUUAGAAGUCAGGCAAAGCUUAGCCGAAUACACCGCUUUAUAUCGAGAGUAUGAACAGUUGGAGAAGAGUUUAGCAGCUGAAUAUGUCCCGGAACUUGCGCGCCGGCGAGAUGAACUCCAAAGGGAGUUGGCUUCAAGAGAGGAACAUAUCCGUAAAGUGGUAAAAGACUAUGAAAAUACGGGUGAGACAGAACCAUCGAUGUUACGUGCGUCUGCUUCAAUAGCUGAAGAAACCUACCGUCACUCUACUUUUAAGCUGAACUCGGGUGAUGCUUAG